AUGGAUUCCGACGAAUACGACGACGAUCUCGCAGAUGAGGAUUUGGUUGAGGCACUCAGUCAGAGCCAAGCUAUACCUGUGAGCUCGGGCGUUUUCAACUUGCAAAAUGUUUCACAAGGCAGAAAGUCGUCCGUCACGCAGGCUCUGGCACCAUCUCACAGUCGGGCCAACGCUGGACGUCAAGGACAACCCUCCGAUAUAAACACAGGACUGAGAAAUAUGGGAAAGACGACCAUUCAGCCUCUAGGGACCGAGUUCGAUGAUUUACCUUCUGACGCCUUCUCCUCUUCACCGGAGCCCGUUGCACCACCCGCUAGAAACGGUCUGGCGCGUACUUCAUCGUCAAGCUUUCGCCAGACCACUUUGCUCGGUGGCAGGGUGGCAGAUGACGCCCCAAUUCAGCCGUUGCAGCCAGGAUUUGGUCGUGUCUACCGAGGAGACAAGCCAGAGGAGGCCCCUUCACAACACGCCAUAGAUCGCGAAGCCAUGAAGACAUGGUUAUAUCCCACCAACCUAGGAGCCACCAGAGAUUACCAGUUCAGUAUCGUCAAAAACGGCCUCUUCAAUAACACCCUUGUCGCGCUCCCUACAGGUCUUGGCAAAACAUUCAUUGCUGCGACAGUGAUGCUGAACUACUAUCGUUGGACUAAGGAUGCCAAAAUCGUGUUUGUCGCCCCUACCAAACCGCUCGUCGCUCAACAAGUCGAUGCUUGCUUCAACAUCGUGGGCAUACCCCGGUCCGAGACUACGCUUCUGACUGGCGACACAGCGCCCACUCUCAGAGUAGACGAAUGGGCGUCAAAGCGAGUGUUUUUUAUGACGCCGCAAACCCUCCAAAACGACAUAUCACACGGUUACGCGGAUCCGAAAUCCAUUGUACUUCUGGUGAUUGAUGAGGCUCAUCGAGCAACGGGCGAGUAUGCUUACGCAAAAGUCGUGAAGAGAAUACGUCAAUAUAACCCCUAUUUCCGCCUACUGGCCUUGACAGCAACACCAGGGUCGAAGGUCGAGACUGUGCAAGAGAUCAUUGACAAUCUCGGAAUAUCCCACAUCGAAAUUCGAACCGAGGAUUCAAUCGAUAUUCGUCAGUACGUUCAUCAAAGGAAUGUCGAGCAAGUAGUCCUCGAUCCCUCUGAUGAGAUGUGCGAGAUCAAAGAGCUGUUCUCAAAGGCCUUGAAACCGUUAAUGGACAAGCUUACCCAGCAAAACAUCUACUACGGAAGAGAUCCGAUGGCGAUCACGACAUAUGGUCUGGUGAAGCAGCAGCAAGAUUGGUUCGCCAACGUCGGACGAAGAGCCAACCCUGGGGUGCAGUUCAUGAUGAGGGCUAUUUUCAGCAUUCUACAAAGCUUAGCCCACGCGAUCAAACUGCUCAGUUUCCACGGCGUCAGACCCUUCUACGAAAAUCUGAAAGAAUUCCGAAGCGAGAUUGAGGACAAGGGAGAGAAGGGAUCCAAAUACAAGAAGCAGAUUGUUAACGACGCGAGCUUCCAAGAGAUGAUGACCAGGGUGGAAAAGUGGCUUCGCCUGGACGGCUUCGUUGGUCACCCAAAGCUGGCCGCUCUCCAGGACACCGUUCUGAACCAUUUCAUGGAUUCAGGUGCAACCUCCACUCGAAUCAUAGUGUUCAGCGAGUACAGGGACAGCGCCGAGGAUAUUGUUCGGGUUCUGAACGCUCACAAACCGCUGAUCAAGGCCACCGUCUUUGUGGGACAAGCAGACUCGAAGCGGUCCGCAGGCAUGAAGCAGGCUGAACAGAUCGCGACGAUACAGAAAUUCAAGGAUGGCGAAUACAACGUUCUGGUCGCAACGUCCAUCGGAGAAGAGGGGUUGGACAUUGGCCAAGUCGAUCUGAUUGUUUGCUAUGAUGCGUCGUCCUCGCCCAUCCGAAUGCUGCAACGAAUGGGCCGAACGGGCCGGAAGAGGGCCGGAAACAUUGUGCUACUGCUUAUGAGAGGCAAGGAAGAGGAUGCUUUUGCCAGGUCAAAAGACAACUAUGCGGAAAUGCAGAAGUUGAUCUGCGAAGGGAGCAAGUUCAACUUCCGCCACGACCUUUCGGCUCGUAUCGUACCUCGAGAUAUCCGCCCAGAGGUGGACAUGCAGCACAUCGAGAUCCCCAUCGAGAAUACGCAGAACCCGUCGCUUCCGGAGCCCAAGAAGGGAAGGGCGAGAAAGAAACUGCCGCCCAAGAAGUUCCAUAUGCCGGACGGCGUCGAGAUGGGAUUCGUGAAGGCGUCCGCGAUCGGCAAACCCGAAGCGGUGCCCAAAAGGGGCCGCCCUAAAAAGCAAGAGCCGACAGAGGUCGACUUCGUCGCCGACGUACCCUCGCUCGAUUCGGUCGUGCUCACAGAAGCGCAACUGGCCGAGUUGGACAAGGUGUAUCGGUCCCUGCCUGCUAGUCGAACCAAGAUAGAAGAAACAGAGAUGCCGGAGCUGUCCACGUACCCCUUGCUUCAGCGCCGGCUUCGACCAGUCGGCAGAGUCCAGCACAGCCAGCGCACGAAGAGGUACGUUAAGCUGUGUCAGAAGUUUGCCAAGAAUCAAAAUGAGAGAAACCGCUGGGUACGCCGUUUCGGAGAGGAAGACACGAGCCAAUACGGGGAGAUUCCGGUGCCGUCGUUUGCGAGCGAUACAGAAGACGGAGGAGUAGGAGGCGUGUCAGGUCCUGGGGUUCUGGUGCAAAUCGCGACGCCAGUGUCGUCUGACGAGGACGAGCCCAUCGAGGAGCCACGGCCAAAGAAACGCCGAUCGACCGGUACAACCAAGCGUGCAGCAUUCACGUCUGCUUCGGCCCUGGUCAACGACGAGAUGGACGAGACGAUGGACGAGGAGUCGCCUCCCCGCCGCCUGCCAAAGAAGGCUGCUGGAAGGGGACGCGGCAAGAAGGCUUCCAAGAGGGUCGCCCGGGGUAUCAACAGCGACGAGCUCGGCGACGCCUGCGACAGGGACAGUGACAUGAUGGACACGGACGGUUCAGACAGUGGAGGCGACCUGCUGGACUUUGUCGUCUCGGACGACCACCCCGUCUCCAGCAUCCAGCCGACGUCGUCGACGCUAGCGACGAGUCCAAUCGUAGCUUCUGCAGUGGCAAGGCCUAAAGGGACCGCUCAGCCGUUUUAUGUGCCGACUCAGUUUCCUGGGACGCAGGAGUCUGCGGACUCGCUACCGGACCUCGACGACGUGCUUCUCAGCAGUAAGGGGAAGAAGACUUCAAGGGCGGUGGCUCCGGAGGGUGAAUCUGACGAGGAUGCCACUCCGCGGGCGCAGGCGGGCGGACGACAGCAGAGGAGGCGACCGGUGUUUGAUAGUGAUAGCGACGAAUGA